CUCACCGCCAUCCACCUCCCGGCCAAUCUCGUCAACAUCUACCGGGGCGCCUUUUGGGAGUGCACAGCCCUCACCUCCAUCGUCCUGCCCGCCGGCCUCGUCUCCGUCGGCAGGGAUGCCUUCGAGGGGUGCACCUACUCCUCCCUCGCCUCCGUCACCCUCCCCGCCAGCGUCACCUCCAUCAGCAGCGGCGCCUUCGAGUGCUGCGUGUCCCUCACCUCCGUCGCCCUUCCCGCCGGCGUCACCUCUAUCGGCGAUUGCACCUUUGCCUACUGUUCCGCCCUCACCUCCAUCCACCUCCCCCCCAGCGUCACCUCUAUUAUCUGCGGCACGGCCUUCAGCGACUGCCCCGCCCUCGCCUCCAUCCACCUCCCCGCCGGCGUCAUCUUUGCCGACGACUGA